AUGGCGGCUCAAUCGCCUAUUGCCCGCUUUUUUACACCUGCCCAGAAGGUGGUACAAGAGCAUGCAGCCUCAUUGACAAAUUCCCCACCCCAGACACCGGGGCCAAGAGGAGGCGGAAGGCAUGUAGCUCAGCAGAGUUGGAAGGACGACGAGAUCAGCACGCCCCCUUCAAUACAGUCGCGGAAGCGUUGCUUGAAAGUUGACCCGGUCAGCGAUGCAAAAAAAGUCAAGCAAAAUGUGCCCACAAAGGAUGACACCUCUUGCCCAGACCCCUGCACUGCCCAUGCUUUGCCUGCAAGUUGCGAGACGCCAAAGCGCGUCCAGGAUGGGCCCAAGGACCUUCGUGCUACGCUGCAGCUAGCAGAGCGAUCUGCGCCGGGUUCGAUCCCACCUUUCACAGCUGAAUGCUUUCACCACUUUGAAAACGGCGGCUUGCAAUACAGUUGGCCUACUUGGCUACGGCCAGAAAACCUCAGAGAUAGCCAGGGCUUGCGCCCAACAGAGCCGGGGUACAACCAAGGCACGCUUUGGGUGCCUGAUCCUAUCAAGGAGAAGGGAGAAUACCAGAAAGCACAAGGCCACAACACUCCGAUGUUGAUGCAAUUCUGGAAGUUAAAGGCGAGACAUUUUGACAAAGUGGCUCUUUUCAAGGUCGGCAAGUUCUACGAGAUUUUUUAUUAUGAUGCCUUCAUUGCUCAGCGAGUUUGCAAUUUGAAGUGGAUGAGCCAAGAGAAGAAGCCACAUGUUGGUUUUCCUGAGAUGGCCAAACACGAGUAUGCAAAGCGCAUUGUGGAAGCUGGCUUCAAGGUAGUAGUGGUGGAGCAGGUCGAGCGUGUUGUGGAAACGAACCAACGCAAAAGCGAUAAAGAGGGGGGCCCAAGCUGCGUUGAAAGGGAUGUGUGUGAAGUUUUUACGAAUGGCACUUUGGUCGACCCAGAAUUGUUGGCAGGACCAGGCUCGCGAUUUCUAGCAUACCUUUGCUUCGAAGGGAGUGCCCAGAAAAGCCUGGACUUUGCAGCAUGCUUGGUCGACUGCGCCACUUCCCAGAUCCAGUUAGGCCAUUUCGUUGAUGCGCCUGAUCGCAACAGGCUGCGGACCUUGUUGGCACAGCUGCAGCCAAGUGAGGUCGUGUACGAUGCGGCAAACUUGCCCAUGGAAGUUCUGCAACUCUUGAAACGACUGCCAUGCCGGCCGCAGUUAUCACCCCGGUGCGUUGGAGACUGCGGUCUCCUGGGCGCACGAGACAAAAUCAACAAGUACCGGACAGCACAUCCAAAAGCAUUCACCUCAGCGGUGGAGGAAGUGCUUGCGCAGGACAGCGCGAUUAUGGCAGCAGCCGGCGUUAUGGGAUACCUGGAAGCUGCUCUCUUGGCAGAAAGACUGCUUCCGUUUGCGCUUUGGGAUGUCUUAGCUACGGCUGCAACAACUAGGGCGAGCUCCCAACGCAUGAUUCUGGAUGCCACAGCCCUCUCUGCUCUGGAAGUGGUGGAGACGCUGGAAGGUGGGUAUGAGGGAUCCCUUCUGUCCUUUUUGGAUCACACCAGCACACCCUUCGGGUUUCGACUCCUCAAGCAGUGGAUAUGCGCUCCACUGCUUGAUCUGGAGGAUAUCCAAUCGCGCCAAGAGGCCGUGGAAUUCUUCCUGAAGAAUGACGAGCUUUCCAAGCAGCUGAGUGCAUCUCUCAAGAAGUGCAUCGCCGCUGGGAAGAUCUCAAAGCUUCCAGUGGAUCUAGAACGGGCAACCUCCAGGAUUUGGAGCUAUGCCUUGCAAGCAGAGCGCAAGGCAGUAAUGUAUGAUGACAUUACAGCAAGGCGCCUAGGACACUUUGCAGAGCUCAUGCAGGCGUACGAGCAAUGCUUCCAACUAUUGAGCACAGCAUUUCCCUCGAACGGAUCCUUGCCAGGCCGACUGGCAAUGAUUGCAAGGACACAAAAGUCUGGUGGGAUUCUGCCAGACCUCAUGCCUGUGAUUUCAAAGCUACGGGGAAGCAUGAUCGAAACAACGGCUGCAAACGGCUCGGUCAAGUUCCGGCCCCGGGAUGGAGCAGAUUCUGCCUACGACCAGAAGACUCGUCAGAUCAAUAUGAUCAAAUCUCAACUUGAUCAGGAGCUGCAACAGGUCAGGAAAGCAUAUCCGAAGGUACAAUUUGCAUUUGUGCACCGUUUGCCUGGCUAUCGGUAUGAGGUGGAAUGUGACGAGCACUCCAUGUCUGCCGCGACAGUGCGGAACCUUGACAUCACUGCAAGGCCCAAAGGCAAGAUCCGUUUCCACACGCCCCAAAUCAAGGAGCUCAUCGCACAGCUUGAUCAGUUGGAAAAUGAACAAGAGGAUUGCAUCUUCCCCUUUCUGUCCAAGCUCUUUCGCGAGUUUCAUGCCCACCAAGCGCCCUUCCGUGCACUUGUGCGUUGCGUUUCAGAGGUGGAUGCCUUGCUCUCAUUGGCAGCUGCAUCCCGAAGCUUGCCGGGGGCUUCUUGCAGAGCGGAGUUUGUGGCUUCAGAUAAUGCAGCCGCUGCAAGCAUCGAAUUGCGGGCUUGCAGACAUCCGGUGGUUGCUGCAAAGAUGGGCAGUGCCUUUGUUCCGAAUGAUACGGUGCUCAACGCCUGCGGAGUGCCAGGUCUGCUAAUUGUCACAGGCCCAAACAUGGGUGGCAAAUCCACAGUGCUCCGCCAGACCUGCAUUGCCAUCGUCAUGGCACAGGUAGGCUGCCGGGUGAAUGCAACUAAAUGCAGGCUUAGUCCCGUAGAUCGCAUCUUCACCCGCAUUGGUGCCUAUGACGCAGUUCUGGAGGGCAAGAGCACGCUACUGACGGAGUUGGAGGAGACGGCGGCUCUGCUGAUGCAUGGAACGCCCCGGUCCUUGGCUGUUCUGGACGAGCUGGGCCGCGGAACCUCUACGUUUGAUGGGGCAGCUAUCGCAUCGGCCGUGCUGGAUGAGCUGAAAUCUCAAGUGCGAUGCCCCGUGCUCUUUGCGACACACUAUCACCCAGUUUCCCGAAAGGCCGCCGAGGACACGGCCUGCGUGGCUCCCUUUCACAUGGCUGCGGCAGUGGACGAAAACACACAUGAGAUGACCUUCCUCUACAAGUUCCUUCCUGGUUUGUGUCCGUCCUCACACGGCCACAACGUUGCCAAGAUUGCUGGCUUGCCCGAGCCAGUUUUGGCAGAGGCCCGGGCUCGUUCUGCUGAGUUCGACAGUGGGGUGGCGCGCAUCAACGAGGUCGAACAGCUGGUUCAGCUAGCUGCCCAAAGAAAUGUGGCCGACCUGAAGGAGCUCUUCAGACAGCGCCAGAAAUCCUCGUAG